GUCGGAACAUAUAGAAUAUUUCCAACAACUCAUUGUUCGACAGGGACACAUAACUACCAUCCCCACUUUCUCCUGGGCCAGUAGACUCAAGUUCUGUGCUCAUUGUGGUUAGAUGAUUAUCAGUUCUGUCGAGCGAAAUUUCCAAGUCUUUCAAACUCCGCCACUCUUCACAGGACAAUCACUGAGCAGAGGACAGUUAUGGAGAGAUAUGAAGAUACGCCACCUGCAAGGGGUAGCACAAAAAAUAAACUAAGAGCCCCCAGUUCUUCGUUCACGGGCAGGUCUGCUCGUCAGCAGUCGUCUCCAUAUCGCAAGCGCUACCAACAUUCAUUGCCCCAGGUCCCCUUUAUGAGGAGGGCGUUUUCAGGUGUCGUGCACUCCCCUCAAAGCGCAGACGGUGGAGCUGGAAAGGUCGAAGAGGCUAGGAGAAAGACAGCCAGAACAGAACUAGAACAGUUUCAAUUUCCAAGCGAUGUUCUGUGGGAGGCCGUAAUGGCUCAAUAUGCCGACUGCGAAGCAACCCGUUACCGUAUAAUCACUGCAACAUGGGAGAUCGAACGACUUGAGAGGUGGAAGUGCUUCUUCGACCGUUCUCUGAACUAUCUCCAAGAGAAGAAUACUACUUCAGUGUCUAGAUUUGAAUUUUUCAAGAAGUGCUGUCUAGAUCUUGGUGGGGUUGAGGGUCGCCCAGAGGAGAGGGAUAUCUUGAUAGAAGCAUUGCAGAGAGACGCUGCAGCACUGGGCGCCAUGCAGAAGGAUCUCAAGGACACUGAGGAAGUUGCUAUUUCUCUGGGUGUCCUCGACGAGUCGGAGGAGUCUCAGAGCUUCUACUUUGGGGUUACAGAUUCCGGUGAUACAGAGGAUUCUAACCCAAGUGACACUGAGAUUCCGUUAUAUCCAAGCGACCCUGCCACGAGUGACCCAGAGGCCCCCCCCACAAGCGAUCCACCAGCCCCGCCCACAAGUGACCCAGAGGUUCCGUACACGAGCGAUCCCGAGAGGAUUCUUUUUCCGACGGAAGACUCUGAAUGAUAAGCCUUAUGACUCGUAAUGUGUAGUGACUGUAUCACCGCAUUGUACACCACAUCGAACGCUAUGUAAUAUCUUUGCAUGCUGUCUAUGCGUC